AUGGCCCUCCACAAGCAAGACGAGGCCUACGCCGCCUUCGAGAAGGACCCCGAGAGCUUCUGGAAGUACCAGGCCGAGCAGCUCGUCUGGCACAAGAAACCUCAGACGACCUACAAGAAGUUCACCAAGAAGCUUCCCAAUGGCAUAGAACACGACACCUGGCAGUGGUACCCGGACGGAGAGAUCAGUACGUCAUACAACGCGGUUACGAGACACGUCGAAGCGGGCCAUGGCGACAACAUUGCGAUCAAGUGGGAUAGUCCAGUUACUGGGAGCAAACAGAACAUCACGUACAAGCAGUUGGAAGAGGAUAUAUCAAUCUUGGCGGGUGCUCUGAGAGAAGAGGGUGUGAGGAAGGGAGAUGUUGUGAUCAUAUAUAUGCCCAUGAUACCGGCUGCGUUGGUGGGAAUGCUUGCGGUUGCGAGGUUGGGUGCUAUACAUGCGGUGGUUUUUGGAGGUUUCUCGGCAUCUUCAUUGGCACAACGAAUUGACGACAGUCGAGCGAAAGCUAUUCUGACAGCCAGUUGUGGAAUCGAAGGCGCAAAGGGACCGCUUCCGUACAAGCCCAUGGUCCGAGGAGCGGUUGAGCAAGCCAAGCACAAACCGUUAAAAGUGUUCAUUUGGCAGCGGGACGAGUCACGGUGGAACGACACAGACAGACUUGCAGGAGAACGGACUUGGCAGAGAGUUGUCAAAGGAGCACGAGAUCGAGGUGUAAGGGCUGAGAAUGUCCCUGUCAAGAGCAACGAGCCUCUAUACAUCAUCUACACCUCAGGCACGACAGGCUCGCCGAAGGGAGUAGUACGCGAAGCAGGAGGUCACGCUGUUGGUCUCAACUUCACGGUCCGCUAUGUCUUUGGCAUCAGAGGACCAGGCGACACGCUCUUCACGGCCAGUGACAUUGGAUGGGUAGUAGGCCACUCGUAUAUCGUCUACGGUCCACUCCUCGCCGGCGCCUCCACCAUCCUCUUCGAAGGCAAGCCCGUCGGCACUCCCAACGCAGACACCUUCUGGCGCAUCCUCGACGAGCACAAGGUCAACACAAUGUUCACCGCCCCAACCGCGCUCCGCGCAAUCCGCAAAGACGACCCCCAAAACAAAUUCUUCAAAGCCCGCGGCGAAAAAGGCGGUCUCAAGAACCUCCGCGCCCUCUUCCUCGCCGGCGAACGCAGCGAACCCGCCAUCGUGACGAUGUACAACGAGCUCAUCCAGAAACACUGCGCCCCCAACGCCACCGUCAUCGACAACUGGUGGUCCUCCGAAUCCGGCUCCCCCAUGACCUCCCUCGCCCUCCUCCCCGGCGUCGCCCUCAACUUCAACGACCACAAAUUCUACACCCCCCUCCCCAUCAAACCCGGCUCCGCAGGAAAACCCGUCCCGGGCUUCACAAUCCGCAUCGUCUCCGACGACGGCGCCCCCGUCCCACAAGGCGAAAUGGGCAACAUCGUCCUCGGCAUCCCCCUCUCCCCCACCGGCCUCACGACCCUCUGGCAAGACGCCCCGCGCUUCCACAAAUCCUACCUCGCGCGCUUCGACGCCAAAUACAUCGACACAGGCGACGCCGGCCUGAUCGACGCCUCCGGCUUCGUGCACAUCAUGUCGCGCGCCGACGACGUCAUCAAUGUCGCCGCCCACCGCCUCUCGACAGGCCAGAUCGAACAGGCCAUCUCCACGCACCCCUCCAUCACCGAAGCCGCCGUCGUCUCCAUCCCGGACCCCCUCAAAGGCCACGCGCCCUUCGCCUUCAUCGCCAUCGCCCCGCCGCCCUCGGACCCCGCCGCCCUCCUCGCGGACCUCAACGCCCGUCUCCGCCACGCCAUCGGCCCCAUCGCCUCCCUGGCGGGGUUUAUCGCCAAGCCGGGGAUUAUUCCCAAGACGCGCUCUGGCAAGACGUUGAGGCGGUGUUUGAAGGAGAUGUUGGAGCAUGCUGUUGCGGGGGAGUGGGAGAAGGAGGUGGUGUAUCCUGCGACGAUUGAGGAUCCGAGUGUCGUGGGGAAGGCGAAGGAGGCGGUGAGGGAGUAUUUUGAGAUGGGGGAGGGGAAGAGGUUGAAGGCGAAGUUGUAG